CUUGCACCUUAUGAUACCUUCUAGACAAGACCACAUUGAAGGUCCGAGUUUUAUUGUUGCCAAGAGAGACCAGGGUGUUUGGGGUCGUAUCUGAGUUUAAAUUUCAAAUACGCAGAAGGGGAUGAUUGUGUUAACCGCCUCCAUCACAACCAGCCUAUUCCCACUACCUCCUGCCAUUCCUUUCGUCAGACCGCGCGACACAGCGGAUACGUUCUUUUUUUUCUAAGGGGGUUUUUAUACCCAUAGCUAGGCCAAGAAAAUCCAUACUUCACAGAUAUGAACAAACGAGGACUGACCUACGUCCGCGUGGGGCAUGCUGGUGCACCACAAACGCACCAAAAGCGUUCUUCAUGUGCAACAGGUGGUUUUUAUGUCAGCCCCUCUCAGGGUCAAACCGUUUCCAGCAGUAGUUCCUUCAACAUCACCUGGGACAAAUCCUGCUUGUCCAACACGCAAGCUGUUGAUAUCUAUCUCAUCGCGCCCGGUUUGAGUAGCAGCCGUAUUCACGAGUGGCAAGAUGUGAAUUAUGCCCUUGGAACCUAUCAGACUACCCUUGAGCCCAAGUGGUGGAAUGAUACCUCCACUGUCAAUCUCCAGCUUUCCAUCGUCACCUCCAACACACAACCAUUCCUUAGCCCCUUUCCCGCGGGCCCUGUAUUUACUGCUACAUAUACCGCACCAACCGACGGCUCCACCCCAGCCAGCGCCGAUCUUAGUUCCCCUGGUGGUGUCACUUAUGUCGGAAACUUCUCUUCCAGCAGCUCUUCAUCUAGCGGCAAGAUCGCUGCCGGCGUCCUGGUGCCGCUGAUUUUCAUCGGAUUAGGCAUAGCCGUCUAUUUCAAGCUAAGUCGCGCCAAAUCCAAGGAAAAGAGCAGACGCUUCAGCGAGGCUAUCGACAAGCGCAUGUCCACAAUCUCCGUGGACUGGAGGUCCAUGUCUGCUGCUGGCGCUUCGGCAGCUAUUCGUCACAGUAUGGCAGUUUCAGGUGGAGGCAAUCGCAAUUCAUCAUUUUCAUUUGGUCCAAUUCGUCCCAUCAGUACUGCUGCUGUCGAAGGCGCUCCUUCUGAAUCCGACAAGGUCAGCAUAGACGUGCCGAGUAUGUCUCAAAUACGUCCCGGCUUGCGUUCUUCUACUCUAGGCGAUCGAGUAUCGCGAGUAUCAUUCGCUACGGACGUUCGCCCAUCAUUGGAGUCUCGUCGCACCGUCGGAACCAGUCGUGCCUUCCAUACUGGUAUCGUGCCUCCUCUCCCUACCAACGAUGAUAAGGAAGAGACGGGAGACCUUUCUCCCACACAAACCAGGGGACCCUUCACCCUCACUCCGGAUGAUAUUCGCGCCCGCAUGUCCUUUGGUGGGGCAUCAGAAGCGCGUCCUAGUGUGGAUGAAGUUUGGCAGUCCUUGAGCAUGAUGCGCACAGGAAAUGAAGCCAGUGGAGAUGAUUAUUUGCUGCCCCAGGAGCAGAUCCAAGAGCAGACCGUUGACAUGCCUCUGCCUCCCGUUCCUGCACAUCCCGCCCCCGAAUCAGGACUCCCUAUGAUGCCCAUGCCUGCCAGCGUCAUGUCUCCAGACGAGAUGCUCCGCGCCUAUGCAGAUCGGAAGAUGAAGUCCCCUCCCCCUACCGGUUCCUUGGCAUUCCCUGUUCCAGCUGCCAGCUACAACAGCAAUGGUAUGCGAACGCUGUACACUCCCAGCCUCUCCACCCAAGAGGGGGCCGAGCAAAACAAUCGUUUCACUCAGGCCUACGAUGACCCUUACGCUGGCACCGCUACUUGAUCCUGUAGAUCUCCGGUCUGAUAGUGUGGCCUUCCGUAAGAUAAGGAUGUCACUGGGCUAUCGCGUUUCAGUUCCGUGACUCGGUUUUAUGACGCUUCUGUACUUUUGCAAUGUUACGUUUCCUAUCUGAUCCCCCUUUUCCUCUUCCAGAAUCGUUAUCGAUACGUGCGUUCCGUCAGUGGUUCUUAUUGCUUAUCUAUUCCCUGCGUAUUCCUUCAU